AUGCUGGCGGAAACGAAGGAAAUCGAUUACGUGAUGGAAGCGGCGUCGGGCCCACAUUUUUCUGGCCUCCGCCUUGACGGCCUCAUGUCUGCAGCAGCGAGCUCAUCUUCUCCUCGUUCUUCCUCCACUCCUACUACUCCUGCUUUUUCCACUCCCCUUACCGAUUCCUCUCUCCUCAAGCAGCCAUUCGUUAUUGGGGUUUCGGGCGGUACGGCAUCCGGGAAGACAACAGUCUGUGACAUGAUUAUUCAACAGCUUCAUGAUCAUCGUGUCGUGCUUGUUAACCAGGAUUCUUUCUAUCGUGGCUUGACUCCUGAAGAGUUGCAACGAGUUCAUGAAUAUAAUUUUGAUCAUCCAGAUGCUUUUGACACUGAGCAGCUCCUUGAGUGCGUUAAUGAGCUAAAGAGUGGACAUUCUGUACAUGUCCCAAUGUAUGAUUUUAAAUCACAUCAACGGUCUUCAGACAGCUUCCGACAGGUGAAUGCCUCUGAUGUAAUCAUCUUGGAGGGGAUCCUCGUCUUCCAUGAUCAACGUGUGCGGAACUUAAUGAAUAUGAAGAUUUUUGUUGACACAGAUGCUGAUGUGAGGCUUGCUCGUAGAAUACGGCGUGAUACAGUAGAGAGGGGUAGGGACAUAAAUUCAGUUCUUGAACAGUAUGCAAAGUUUGUCAAACCUGCUUUUGAUGAUUUUGUUCUGCCAUCGAAGAAAUAUGCUGAUGUUAUCAUACCCCGGGGUGGUGAUAAUCAUGUUGCAAUCGAUUUGAUUGUGCAACAUAUUCACACAAAGCUUGGCCAGCAUGACCUUUGUAAAAUAUAUCCUAAUGUGUAUGUUAUUCAGUCGACAUUCCAGAUAAGAGGCAUGCAUACCCUGAUUCGCGAUCAAGAUAUAUCGAAGCACGACUUUGUAUUCUAUUCUGACAGGCUUAUUCGUCUGAUAGUGGAGCAUGGUCUUGGUCAUUUACCCUUCACUGAAAAGCAAAUAGUUACUCCAACAGGGUCGUUAUAUACUGGUGUCGACUUUUGCAAGAAAUUGUGUGGAGUUUCCAUUGUUCGAAGUGGUGAAAGUAUGGAAAAUGCUAUGCGUGCUUGUUGCAAAGGAAUUAAAAUCGGGAAAAUUCUGAUCCACCGUGAUGGUGACAAUGGGAAACAGCUUAUAUAUGAAAAACUUCCAAAAGAUAUUUCAGAACGCCAUGUCCUCCUCCUAGAUCCAGUCCUUGCUACAGGUAACUCUGCUAAUCAGGCAAUUGAGUUACUCAUACAGAAAGGUGUUCCAGAAUCUCAUAUUAUUUUCCUAAACCUCAUCUCCGCACCUGAAGGAAUACAGUGUGUUUGUAAACGUUUCCCCUCCUUAAAAAUUGUGACAUCAGAGAUUGAUGUGUCGCUGAAUGAAGAAUAUCGCGUGAUACCAGAGUCCAGGAUUGUAAAUGUAGAUAGAAGGGUUGAGCAAUUCAUUGUACGACAGGUUCAAGAGAUUCAAUUCCGUCAUGUCUGUCAUGCUUCGAGGAAUUAG